ACCUACACAAAAAAACGGAGAAUCUAAAAUUAUAAAGGAAAAUGUCAAUAGUUCUUUUAGUUGCUAUACGACGGAAAUUUAUCCGAUAAAGACAACAUACAGCCAAUAAAAAUUCCAAGAUUAGUGACGUAUGCGAUAAACGAAAUUUCCAUACGGUUUUUCUUAUAGAAUACUUGAUAUAACCUACUUACGAAAGUAAAUUGAUAAUACAUACAAGGUAUUAACAAAUAAAAUUAUUAUUGAAAUUAAAAAUAUCGCUUAAAGAACGUUCUAUUAUAAUAAUUUUAAAAAGAACUCCACAAUGUGUUCUGUUCAUGAUCAAGCAUUUUUACAAAUUUUACAAGAAGAGAGAGACAUUACAAAUUUUCUAGAUGCAUUUUUUGGAUUUUUGUAUAGAUGUACAGAUUUUUAUGUCGAAUCGGGACCAGAUCAAAAACUUGGAUUCCCAACUGGUACAAUAGAAAAGCUUGUCUUGCAUAGUUUUCAAAAAUGGAAGAACAUCUCUAAAUUUUCCAGUGGAACAGAUCCUCCGGACACACAGGACAUUAUUAUCCAAAAUAAUGAUAAAGACCAAGAUGAAACAAUGACAAUUGAAGAAGAUUCCCUUAUUCCACAAGUUGAUCAUGAAGUAGAAAUUGAAACGUGCAAAGAAAGUACAAAUCAACUUGGUCAUUUAAUUGAGAGGGAUAGGUCAUGUGACAGCUACAAUGGUGCAGUGAGGGAAAAUUACACUUGGUCACAAACUAUCAGUGAUAUAGAUGUGCUUGUAAAACUUCCUAGUUGCAUAAGAACAGCAAAAGAUUUAAGGGUUCAGCUUGAUUCAAAAGAAAUCAAAAUAGAAGUAAGAACAUCAAGAGUCGAACAGAAUCAAGAAAUAGAGGAAUGUCGUUAUUUUAUAUGGUCUACAAUUUUCAAAGGAGAAUUGCGCUUUAAAAUUCGAAAAGAUGAAUCAAUGUGGAGUAUAGUACCUGGACAACAUAUUAGUAUUCAUUUUGAAAAAGCUUCUGAGCGAUGGUGGGAAGCAUUGAUAAUCGGUGAACCAAAAAUUGAUUUGAGUAAAAUAGAUUGUUCAAGAAAUUUAGAUGAAAUGGGAUCAGAAGAACAGAUGAAAGUUCAAGAGUUAAUGUGGAAUCAUCAACAAAAGCUUAUGGGUAAACCAACUUCUGAACAGAUUAAAAUGGAAAGGGUAUUGAGAAAAGCGUGGGAUGCAGAAGGAUCUCCCUUCGAGGGUUCCCCAUAUGAUCCUUCAUUAGUGAACUUCAAUUGAUGCUCGUAGUGUAUGUUUCUUAUUUUAUUGUUAUAAAAUAACAAAUAAAAUUGUAUAUUAAGCUAAGGAAUUCUGUAAAUAUACGAUCGUUUUUAUUCAA